AAACCCUGCGGGCCGCGGCAACAGUAAAGCCACCGGAUAAGCAGGAACAGCAUCCCCGCAUCAACUUGCUCCCCAAGAAGAAAACAGCGGCGAUGGCGAAGCGUCUGAUCCCGUCGCUGAACCGGGUGCUGGUGGAGAAGCUGCUGCAGCCCAAGAAGAGCGCCGGCGGCAUCCUCCUCCCGGAGACCACCAAGCAGUUGAAUGCUGCCAAAGUCAUAGCUGUUGGCCCAGGUGAUCGUGAUAGGGAUGGCAAGCUGAUCCCUGUAUCUUUGAAUGAAGGUGACACUGUUCUACUUCCUGAGUACGGUGGAACAGAAGUGAAGCUCGCUGAGAAAGAGUACCUUCUUUUCAGAGAGCACGACAUACUGGGAAAGCUAGAGGAGUAAUCCUGGGCUGUCAGGAUCUGAAGGAUGGAGUUGUUUGGAAGUUGAGAUGCAGGAGUGUAGCCACGGCUACCCCUUUUUCUUUUUUGGUGUCUGCGGAGCACAAAACAAAGCCCAUCCAUUGUUUGAGAAUUCGUUAACAUUGCCUCAUCCUAAACAUUUUGAAUUCGAAUGGA